ACACCCCACGCACGCACGCAAGGUCCUUCGAUCCGAGGACACCACCACCACAGAAGCACGCCUCGCCGUGGCGGGCGCGCGCGCAUGGCGGCGCAUUCCCAGGGACAGAAAAGAACAAGCCCCCCGCCUUCCAAUUCCGUCCGCGUCGGCCGCGCCGAGGCGGCGGAGGAGGCACGUACUCCUCCCCUCCCCUGUCUGCAUGGCCGGUGCGUGCAUGCGUGCGUGCGCGCACCGGAGAUCGCCCGAGGUUUUUCUGUACUACAUCCUCCAUGGCCGGGACCAUGGCAUCGGUGCCUGCGCGCGCGCCGGCGACAGGCCGCGGAUUAAGAAACGGGAAAGCGCACACACAGCAGUUUGAUAUUGGGCGCGUCAGACGGUGCCGGGUUUGAAUAUGCGGCAGCUCCCUUUGACCAGCAUCGCUAGCUGUGUGCGGUGGAGCUGAGCUGAUCGGUGUGGUGUGGAUGGAUCUAAUCUGCCUCCUUGGUAUAUAUGAAACCCCUGCACUGUCACCUAAACCUCUCCUUUCCCCUCCGCUCGUCCGGUUCAGAGGUGCCAGCAGGUAGCUCCUUGUUGCCAAGUAGCGGAGACCAUGAGGUGCGCAGGGAGCCUUCUUCUCCUGCUGCUUCUGCUCUCCCUGUCUGCCUCCACCGCCGAAGCAAACAACAAGGAGAGCUUGGGCGACAACGCGGUACCCUUGACCGGCCGGGGAUGGCACCUGAGAGGACGGAGGUCAAUGGCGGCUCGAGGGCAUGGAGGAGCGGGGAGUGAUGAGGCCGUGGGCGCCAGCAACACAGGAGCAAAUGAAGAAGCAGAUCAUACGUCUGCUGAAUUUGUACAUGAUGAGGGUAAACAGAGCAAGGGAUCAGCAGCUCGGCCCGUGCUUCAGGGAGCAAGCGGCCAUCGUCAUCGUCACCAUGGCGGCGACGCGGCCUCCAUGGCGUCCGACAUGCUGAGGAUGGACUACUCCGUCUCCGUGGACGUCCACAGCCGACGGCCCAUCAACAACGACGCUCCGUUGGAUGAGCUCGCGGAGAAGAAGCCUUAGUUAGCUGCCGGUCGACACACGCGAGAAGAUGCGACUCGAUCCUAUUGCAAUAAGAUACAGAUAGUGACAUAGUGUUAGGCUAGCUAGUAGGGGCCAUUAGCUAGCACAUGGUUAGCUUAUUAGUUAGGGAGGGAGGGACUCUCCGGGCCGCACGUAGAGCCCAUGCCCGACCCUCGAUCGAUGGAGCAGAUCGAGGUGAGUUGGAUGGGCAGUUUUGGUUGCGCCGUGCUCGGAGAGGUAGUAGCGUCUGUAAUCUGUCAGCAGCAACAUCUCUGAAGCUGCAGAGAAUGUAACGCAUGAUAUACUUCAGGUUU